AAUGGCGGAAGACUUGACAAAUAGUUUGCAGACACACACUGCUCAAUUACAACAGGUUGAAGCUGCACUAACAAAUGAUCCUGAGAAUGAAGAAUUGUUAAAAUUGAAAACAGAUUUACAGGAAGUAAUUGAGCUGACACAAGAUUUAUUAGAUGCCAAACCAAGCAGCAGUACAGAUGAUAGUAGUAUAACACCAUCUAGUAAUAAACUAUGGAAUCUUGGUGAUGAGUGUCAAGCUAUUUAUAGUGACGAUGGUUUGUAUUAUGAUGCAGUUAUAUCAGAAAUAGUUGAUGACAGUAGAGUUCAAGUUACAUUUAAUGGUUGGGGAAAUAAAGAAAUUACAUCAGCAUCAUCAUUAAAACCUGUAGAUUCUAAUAAAAGAUCUUCCUCAGAAGCAGGUUUAGAUGGUGAUCAACCUAAAUCAAAGAAAGAACUUUUGUUAGCUCAGAGAGAUUAUAAAAGGAAAAAGAAUCAAAAGAAAGCGCAAAGACUUAAAGAUUUAGAAGUACAACGAGAGGGUGAUAAAAGCAAAUGGCAACAAUUUAACAGUAAAGCAUUUUCCAAAGCCAAAAAAGGAAUAGUAAGAAAAAGUAUUUUUGCAACACCAGAAUCAAACACAGGUCGUGUAGGUGUAGGUACAUGUGGUACUGGUGGUAAACCAAUGACUCAGUUCGAACAACCCAAACAUGUUGUUGUGAGGAAGUAAAUAUAUGUGAUUACAUAGAUACAUCUUCGUUACUACUAAGAACACAUUCUUGAGUGAUGGUUGGCUGCUUUGUGUGAACUCUGCUCAGAAUACAGUAGCAUUGAUUCAUACAUUCCGUGUUGUUCGUUUUUCCUCCAUGCGUCAUGUGACACUUCUUACACUCCUUUUCAGGGUAAUAUCUCAAGUUUGAUUUUGUCCUUUUUGCUCAGUGAUUUCAACCUAGUUGGGCAUAGGUCAUCUCAUCAUAGGUCAUCAUAUUUUUUUAUGUGUUAAGUGACUGGUUAGUAAGAACGAGUUGUUCAUACCUGAAGAUAAAAUAAUGGCGAUGUGCUGCUGUUAUUAAAUAUACAUGUAUGUGUUUCUGUUGAUAAAACAACUUGUGAUGUAACGUAUGCACAUCAGAUUGUGAGUUAGUGGUGAUCAGUUUGUGAAAAUUGUUGUUAGACAUUCACAUGCUGGUUGGUAAAAAAAAAGUAAACAUAUGAAGUCACAAUGUCAUGGCCUAUAGGUCUGUUUAGAAGUGGUUAUACCAUGCUAUCUUUAAAGUCACACUUACUGUAGUUGUCAUUAUUUAACAACACAAACAAACCUGAAAUUUAGUUAAAGCUUGCACAUAAACAUACAUUGAAGAUUAAAGGGUUAGGUAUACAAGGACUACUAACCUAACGUACUACAGGUACUAAUUCCAAAUACCUUCUGCUGACAUCUUAUAUUUUUUACAGCUGUUGAGUUUAGCAAUAUGGCUUGUAACUUUGCAACAUUUGUUGUUGUAGAUUUAAUGCUAGACAGAUGGUGUGCUGUGUAUAACUCACUACUUCAUAAGGCGUUCAAUUUUAUGAUUUUCAAACUUUGUGUAUGUAUUCAGUAACUAUUCUGCAUUUCUUGUUUAUCUACAUUGUACGUAAUUCAGAAUAUAUUACAGCCGUUCUGAGAAUUAUUCUGACAGUCAGUUAGCAAAAUGACUUGCAACUUUGCAAAACACUUUGGUCUUUGCCCAAUCUAGACUUGUCGGCGUCACUUGAGUGACGGGCGCAUGGUUUGGGAUCACUAUUUCAUAGGGGUUGUCUGCUUGGUGAAUUGUAAGUAUUAUCUAGCGUGCGUUCACAGCAACCAUUCUUUAUUUUUUAUAAUUAUAUUGUAAUUAUUUUCAGUAAUUUUGAAAAUCACAAGUUGGAUGUUGCUUAAAUCUGUCAAAAAAUGUCAACUCCUCGCUCAUUUUAGUCAGUUGUACCUGUUACAAAAAUGGACUAGACAUAAUAACGGUCGUUAUACCCCAUCAUUUUCAAACUGCAGUUGAAAAAGUGAUUCGAUCAAGGAAGGCGCAGACUUUUGAUUUGACAAAAUCCAUCAAACCAUUAUAAUCGAGUUUUCCGUCUGUGUAUCCCUGACAUACUCACAGCACCAGUAAUGUGAAAACAACUUUUAGUUUGGCCCAAAACUGUCGCGAAACUGCAGUUUCAUUAAUACCUUGGGUUACUCAACACUCGGGAGUUGUUUUGUAAAUUACGCUAUGUCAGGUGGACUCAGAUGGGUAUAACAAUUUAAAAUAACACUUUGAAUGCAUAUACAACAUAUAACCUGUCGAGUAUAUGGUAACCAACACGUGUCGUUUUGAAAACCGCGUUUUACCCGCACCUUGCAAGAUAAUGGAAUGAUUCCAAUUGUGAGCGUGCCAAUACAACGGCGCCAUCAAGUCUAGAUUGGAAAAGACCCAAGUGUUUUGCAAAGUUCCAACAUAUAUUGCUAACUGACUGUCCGAAUAAUUCUCAGAACGGCUGUAAAACACUACAAAAUAACCUGUUCAUAUAUUCUAAUGAACAUAUUCAUUUUGAAAAACUGCACUUUACCCCCCUUCAUCUAAUGUGAUAAUGGAAUGAGCUAAACUGUGCGCAUGUCUAUGGAUCGGCACUGUCUAGAUUGUACAAAAACAGAAGUCUUUUUCAAAGUUACAAGCCAUUUUGCUAACUGCCUGCACGUUUUCACACCUCACAAUAGUAAGCUCAGACUUUCCUGA